AUGUGCAAUGUGUCAGUGAGUGAUAACAUCAUCACGAUCCCAAAGCCUGCUCUUCCAGUGCCUUCUGAUCUGUGUCACUGUGUUGGUGGUGUUCUCUGUGUGUGUGGGCCGGGCUGCCUGCUGUCACAGCGUUUUAUCGCCCCCCAUUGCCUGGGGAAUUCCAGCCUGGGAUCUGUCAGAGUGUUAAUCCAUCAUCCUCCACUCACUGCAACUGUCACCCUGCCACUACCAGCCACAGAUACAGUCCAUCCGUGACACUGAUUUUGUCUUUAUUAUUAGUGCUGGUGGCGUCUUAUGGCAC